AUGGAAUCUCCAAGAUUCUCUCACUUCCUGUCUCUUACUCUUCUCUAUAUUUUGACAAACUGUGCAGUUUUCAGUGAACGGCUGACUAUUCUUAAGUACAAAUGCGCCGAACGAGGUGUGUGCGAAUGUUCCGAAGGAAUCUACGACCCGUUUUAUACGGGUAUUAUCACUAUCGACUGCCGUGGACGUAAUCUAACCAAAGUACCGGUUCUUAUUGGAAUACCGAAUUUCAAAUACUACCGAUUUCUACUCAGAGACAAUCGCAUAACGUUUAUAAACAACCGUGAUUUUCGUUACAGUUUGUUCAUCGAAAUUGAUCUCGGUGGCAGUAAUUUCUUGAUCCAGGUGGCAGACAAGGCCUUUGUGGCUACGAGUCGUUUUCUGAGACAGCUCACCUUAAAUGUAAGCCAAAUGAACGUUUAUAAACUUCGCUUUUUGCACGGCGUCCCGAAGAUUCAGGAAUUGACUCUGGAAAGUAACGGUAAAAGGGAACAAACAACUCUUCCCAGUCGCGUUUUUCCGGGUUAUAAACUAAAAGCCAUGCGCAAACUGACACUGACCGGUUUUGGUCUCACUAAAAUCGCCUGGGACGCUUUUCUCGGUGUUAGUAAUAUUCAUAUUCUUCGUCUACCAUACAACAAUUUAUCUGUCGUGCCGACCGCAGCUUUGAAAGGCUUGCGGAAGCUUUCUGAGCUUGAUCUUAGUCAUAAUAAUUUCCGGACUUUAGUAAAGUACCCCUUUGAACAGCUGUACAAACUAUCUAAGCUUGAUUUGAGCCACAAUUUAUUUGACGGCCCCGAAGCUAUAGCCCCGGAUGCGUUUUCUGAUUUGAAGAACUGUUUGAAAACUUUGAUUAUUACGAACUCUUCUCUAAGCGAGAUCCCCUCUUCCUCGCUGCGUAAUCUGAAAGCACUUUCACAUUUAAAUCUAAGCGACAAUCGAAUCCAAGACUUUAACAAUUCUGGCCCCUUCAGGGGUAAUUACAAAUUACGAGAAUUAGAUAUAAGUGGAAAUAGUCUGGAUCUUUCAGAAAAACUCUUCAGUGGGUUGAACAAUUCUCUUCACAGGCUUAGCAUACGUCGAAUGAAAUUAAAAUCACUACCGAAAGACCUACUAACCAACUUCACACAAUUACACUAUCUAGAUAUGUCGGGCAACAUGCUGACCCAUCUUCCGGCAGAUUUCAACCGAGGCCUUCAUAUUCGACACUUCAUCUUACGAGACAUGUACAUCAACGAGAUUUCGGGCGGGGCUUUCGUUAAACCCGCGCCGGCAGCCAAAUUACUUGUUGACCUCAGCUCGAAUCGAAUGACAAGCGUUAGUUUUGUCAGCGACACCAGACCGUGCACUUUUCUGGAAGUGGUUUUGUCUAACAACCCGGUUCAGUGUGACUGCGCCCUUUACAGAGUCGUGACGGACGACACAAUCCACUUACGCGGACAGUGCAAUGGCGGUGGAAAACAUUUCCGACACGUCAGUAUUACAGACCAUGCUUUGACGGACACACUCCGAAGAGUCUGCACGAUACCAGAUGCGAACGUUGCCCCUUGUCGGCGACUAGAUGCCCAGUGGCGAGCCCAUAAACAAUUUUCUGGGGUGGUGUCUGUGUGGGAGAAACUGACACUGACCACUCUCUUGAUUUGCUGGGCGUGGAUGUUUAUUUUUGCAGAGUCUAUCUAUCUAUCUAUCUAUCUAUCUAUCUAUCUAUCUAUCUAUCUAUCUAUCCCAGUCUGCUCAUUAUCUAUCAAUCUAAUGCCCAUAUUUCCUAUCUAUCUAUCUAUCUAUCUAUCUAUCUAUCUAUCUAUCUAUCUAUCUAUCUCAGGCGUCACGGAAAAUCAUUCAAUUUUCUCCCUCUCUUUCCUUGUUGGCUUUCACAUCUUAGCCUCUCCCCGUUCCCCUCUCUCUGCGUGA